AUGGGCAAAAAGAAUACUUCGAAUGCUUCAUCCUCCCGUGCGAACAGACCAAGACGUGGUGGACGUGCACAACGACAUAAGAGCGCGAGAACCUCUCAGCAAUCCCAGUCAUUGUCUAGCUUCCCCGAGGACUCCGCCAAGCCUUCAAGCAUUAUCGAAGAUGACAGCUCAAAUCAUUCCUCAGGUAGUCAAACGACCACUCAUGAGCGCACAGCCGGGCGACCGCACAUCGAUGUACCCGUGGCGAUGUGGGACUUCGACCAUUGUGAUCCACGCCGAUGUUCUGGGAAGAAACUCGCCCGCCUCGGUCUUAUAACGGAGCUGAGGGUGGGAUCCAGAUUUCGAGGCGUGGUCGUAUCUCCAAAAGGGACCCUCGUCGUGAGUCCAGCAGACAAAGAGAUCGUUGUACGAGAUGGUGUUGCCGUUGUCGAAUGUUCCUGGGCCCGCAUAGACGACGUCCCAUUCUCGAAAAUUGCCAGCCCACACGAACGACUUCUUCCCUACUUGCUUGCUACCAACCCCACCAAUUACGGCAAGCCUUGGCGGCUGAACUGCGUCGAGGCACUUGCAGCAACUUUCUACAUUACAGGGUUCGAUCAGCAUGCAGAGACCCUGCUCAGUUCGUUUGGGUGGGGCGAUUCUUUCUGGAAAGUUAAUGGUCCAUACCUCAAACGAUACCAAACGUGCGCAUCGGCAGAAGAAGUUGCCGUGAUGCAGGAGACUAUCAUUGCAGAGCUCCAGGAGAGUUAUGAGACAUCACGCAGAGAGAAAGGUUCGUAUUUCCGUUUGUGUGUUUCAAUAUCUCAUAUCUAG